CACUCCAAAUAGCCACCCAAGCAUAAACAAUUUGGCUUCAUCAGAAAAAUAGGGACAUUUCCAAUUUUUCUAUGUAAUAAUUCCCAAGCUUAACGCGUAGGUAAAGUCAAAUAAUUAGAAAUUCAAUAGUUAUAGUGCAUCUCGACGACUCCAUAAUUCAACAACAACAAUACCUUAUUCCACAUGAAUUUGAUUAUUAAAUGGAACAAAAAAACCUCAUUAAACCAAACUAAAUCCUAGUAUUCCUCAAAAAACAUCAUACAACAAUCUGUUACACAUUUAUGGCUUUUCUAAGUCACAAUUCAAAUUACUUCUUCAUAAUUACUUUCCUUAUAUUUUGCACAAUUUAUUCAUGUUAUAGUGCAAUCAAUGACACCAUUACAUCAUCCAAAUCUCUCAAAGACAAUGAAACAAUAACCUCAAACAACACAAAUUUCAAGCUAGGAUUUUUCAGCCCAUUAAAUUCAACCAACCGUUACCUAGGAAUUUGGUACAUCAAUAAGACCAACAAUAUAUGGAUUGCAAACAGAGAUCAACCACUCAAAGAUUCAAAUGGAAUUGUCACAAUUCACAAAGAUGGAAAUUUUAUAAUAUUGAACAAACCAAAUGGUGUUAUUAUAUGGUCAACAAACAUUUCAUCUUCAACAAAUUCAACAGCUCAACUUGCUGAUUCAGGAAACUUGAUUUUGAGAGAUAUCAGUUCCGGAGCAACAAUCUGGGAUAGUUUCACACACCCUGCAGAUGCAGCUGUUCCAACAAUGAGAAUUGCAGCUAACCAAGUAACAGGUAAGAAAAUAUCCUUUGUAUCAAGAAAAAGUGAUAAUGAUCCUUCUUCAGGACAUUAUUCAGCUAGUCUUGAAAGAUUGGAUGCACCAGAAGUUUUCAUUUGGAAAGAUAAAAAUAUUCAUUGGAGAACAGGUCCAUGGAAUGGAAGGGUUUUUCUCGGAUCACCGAGAAUGUUAACCGAGUAUUUAGCCGGUUGGCGUUUUGAUCAAGACACUGAUGGAACUACUUAUAUUACUUACAAUUUUGCUGAUAAAACUAUGUUCGGAAUUCUCUCAUUGACACCGCAUGGAACACUCAAGUUGAUUGAGUAUAUGAAUAAAAAGGAACUUUUUAGACUUGAGGUUGAUCAAAAUGAGUGUGAUUUUUAUGGAAAAUGUGGGCCAUUUGGUAACUGUGAUAAUUCUACUGUGCCAAUUUGUAGUUGUUUUGAUGGGUUUGAGCCAAAGAAUUCUGUGGAAUGGAGUUUAGGCAAUUGGACUAAUGGUUGUGUGAGGAAAGAAGGAAUGAACUUAAAGUGUGAGAUGGUGAAGAAUGGAUCAAGUAUAGUUAAACAAGAUGGAUUUAAGGUGUAUCAUAAUAUGAAACCUCCUGAUUUUAAUGUGAGAACAAAUAAUGCUGAUCAAGAUAAGUGUGGAGCAGAUUGUUUGGCAAAUUGUUCUUGUUUGGCAUAUGCAUAUGAUCCUUCUAUAUUUUGUAUGUAUUGGACUGGAGAGUUAAUUGAUUUGCAGAAAUUUCCUAAUGGCGGAGUUGAUCUCUUCGUUCGUGUGCCGGCAGAACUAGUUGCUGUUAAAAAGGAAAAAGGACACAACAAGAGUUUUUUAAUCAUUGUAAUUGCUGGGGUGAUAGGAGCACUUAUCUUGGUUAUAUGUGCUUAUCUUUUAUGGAGGAAAUGUUCUGCUAGGCAUAAAGGAAGACUACCUCAAAAUAUGAUUACUAGAGAACAUCAACAAAUGAAAUUGGAUGAGCUACCACUAUAUGAUUUUGAAAAGCUUGAAACUGCCACAAACUGUUUUCAUUUUAAUAAUAUGCUUGGGAAGGGAGGUUUUGGCCCAGUAUACAAGGGAGUCAUGGAAGAUGGUCAAGAAAUUGCUGUGAAAAGACUCUCAAAAGCAUCUGGACAAGGAAUAGAAGAAUUCAUGAAUGAAGUUGUAGUGAUUUCUAAACUUCAACAUCGCAAUCUUGUGAGACUUUUAGGUUGCUGUGUUGAAAGAGGAGAGCAAAUUUUGGUUUAUGAGUUCAUGCCAAAUAAAAGUUUGGAUGCAUUCCUCUUUGAUCCACUACAAAAGAAAAAUUUAGAUUGGAGAAAGCGAUCAAACAUAAUUGAAGGAAUAGCUCGAGGUAUAAUGUAUCUUCAUAGAGACUCGAGACUAAGGAUCAUACAUAGAGAUCUAAAAGCAAGCAACAUCUUACUUGAUAGUGACAUGAUUCCAAAAAUAUCAGACUUCGGUUUAGCAAGAAUUGUUAAAUUUGGAGAAGAUGAUGAAGCUAACACAAAAAGGGUUGUUGGAACUUAUGGUUAUAUGCCGCCUGAAUAUGCAAUGGAGGGGCUUUUCUCUGAAAAAUCAGAUGUCUAUAGCUUUGGGGUUCUAUUGCUGGAGAUUGUUAGCGGAAGAAGAAAUAGUAGCUUUUCUCAUCACGAGGAUACUCUUAGCCUUGUAGGCUUUGCAUGGAAGCUAUGGUUAGAAGAAAACAUUAUAUCUCUAAUAGAUCCAGAGGUAUGGGAUGCAUGUUUUGAGAGCAGCAUGUUAAGGUGCAUACACAUCGGACUUCUUUGUGUACAAGAACUUCCAAGAGACAGACCAAAUAUAUCAACUGUUGUUUUGAUGCUUGUAAGUGAAAUUACACAUCUUCCUCCUCCGGGGAGAGUUGCAUUUGUUCACAAGCAAAGUUCAAAGAGUACUACAGAAUCUUCUCAAAAAAGUCAUCAAUCUAACUCAAACAACAAUGUAACUCUCAGUGAAGUUCAAGGCAGGUAAACUAACAUGCAUGGGAUCAAUACUAUAAUUGUUAAGAAAAAACUUGCAACAGUCAUGGGAUCACAUAAGAGUAGUGAAACGAAGAGCAAGCUGGCUAUGGUAUAGUUUGGGGCUAAUGGCGAAAUCGGAACAAGAGAAAACUCAUAGCAAGAAAAGUAUGUAUGCAACUUCUAUACUGUUUGAAAUGAAUUUGUAAUGCAGGCUAAGGAGGGAGAGGCAGCAUAAACACUCCUAGGAGUAUAUGCUAUUUUUGAGACAGAUUGUAAAACUCUUACUGGUGUCAUUCAAUGGACCAACUGUGAUAUAUGAAGUAUUUUGAGUCUAUCGUUUCAAGUAUUAAGUGUUUAUUAUCUUUUAAUUCAAACUUUGUGGUGAA